AUGACGUAUGACUUACAGCCUUACUAUUCCACAGCCCAUCCUGGUCUCCCUACUUCCUAUGCUGCUUUGCUAAGAAUUAAGAAGAGUUCAGCCUCAUCUGUCUUUGGUGCGAAGAGCAGACCACGGUACAGCAAUCCUUCCUUAGGAACGCUGAGUGUUUCUUCACCUGGCUGGCGAGGGGCCGCUCAGCACUAUUAUUCCCCUGUCAAUCUUUAUCAUUCCUCAGAUGCCUUCAAACAAGAUGAAAGUGUGGACUAUGGGCCAGUGUUUGUACAAGAACCAGAUGAUAUCAUUUUUCCAACUGAUUCUGAUGAAAAGAAGAUAGCACUGAAUUGUGAAGUUCUUAGCAACCCAGCUCCCACUUACAGAUGGCUUCGAAAUGGAACAGAAAUAGAUCUGGAAAGUGAUUAUCGCUACAGUUUGAUAGACGGCACUUUCAUUAUAAGCAACCCAAGCGAAGCAAAGGAUUCUGGCCAUUAUCAAUGUUUAGCAACCAACACUUUUGGAAGUAUUCUUAGUAGAGAAGCUACACUUCAGUUUGCCUAUCUGGGAAAUUUUAGCGGCCGGACAAGAAGUGCAGUCUCUGUGAGGGAAGGCCAGGGGGUGGUUCUGCUUUGCUCUCCUCCGCCUCAUUCACCAGAGAUCAUCUACAGCUGGGUAUUUAACGAGUUCCCAUCCUUUGUGGCGGAAGACAGCCGGCGGUUCAUUUCCCAGGAGACAGGCAACCUUUAUAUUUCGAAAGUCCAGACAUCAGAUGUUGGCAGCUAUAUCUGUUUGGUGAAAAACACAGUGACAAACGCUCGCGUGCUUAGUCCUCCAACGCCACUCACUCUCCGUAACGACGGUGUGAUGGGAGAAUAUGAGCCGAAAAUUGAGGUCCAUUUUCCUUUCACUGUUACAGCUGCUAAGGGAACGACUGUUAAGAUGGAGUGCUUUGCACUUGGCAACCCUGUUCCAACGAUCACGUGGAUGAAGGUUAAUGGUUACAUUCCUAGUAAGGCACGCCUGCGGAAAUCUCAGGCGGUGCUGGAAAUACCGAACGUGCAGCUGGAUGAUGCAGGCACAUAUGAGUGCAGAGCUGAAAACGCACGUGGGAAAAAUUCCUUUCGUGGACAAUUACAAGUAUACACCUACCCACAUUGGAUGGAAAAACUGAAUGAUACUCAGUUAGAUAGCGGUAGCCCUCUCCGAUGGGAGUGUAAGGCCACUGGGAAACCCAGGCCCACAUAUCGCUGGUUGAAGAACGGAGUACCCUUCAUGCUUCAGAGUAGGGUUGAGAUGGUUAAUGGAGUAUUGAUGAUCCACAGUGUGAAUCAAUCAGAUGCUGGAAUGUAUCAGUGUUUGGCUGAAAAUAAAUAUGGAGCCAUUUAUGCUAGUGCUGAGCUGAAGAUUCUAGCUUCAGCUCCUACUUUUGUACUGAAUCAGCUGAAGAAAACAAUAAUUGUUACCAAAGGCCAAGAAGUCGUCAUAGAAUGUAAACCUCAAGGCUCUCCUAAACCAACCAUCUCUUGGAAGAAGGGGGACAAAGCAGUUAGAGAGAACAAAAGAAUAGCUAUUCUUCCAGACGGAAGUCUACGGAUCCUAAAUGCUUCUAAAUCAGAUGAGGGAAAGUACGUUUGCCAAGGGGAAAAUGUCUUUGGCUCUGCUGAAAUUAUAGCGUCGGUGUCUGUGAAAGAACCUACAAGGAUAGAACUUACUCCUAAAAAAACAGAGUUAACAGUGGGAGAGAGCAUCGUCCUUAACUGCAAAGCAAUUCAUGACGCUAGUUUGGAUGUCACUUUCUACUGGACAUUGAAAGGACAACCUAUUGAUUUUGAGAAAGAUGGUGGACACUUUGAAAGCAUCAGGGCCCAAGCAUCCUCUGCAGAUUUAAUGAUCAGGAACAUCCUUCUGAUGCAUGCUGGGAGAUAUGGCUGCAGGGUACAGACCACAGCAGACAGUGUGUCAGAUGAGGCAGAACUUCUUGUUAGGGGUCCCCCAGGCCCACCUGGAAUAGUGAUUGUUGAGGAGAUCACUGAAAGCACAGCCACUCUCUCCUGGAGUCCUGCAGCAGACAACCACAGCCCGAUCUCCUCCUACAACCUGCAGGCUCGCAGCCCAUUCUCCCUGGGCUGGCAAACAGUCAAAACAGUCCCAGAAGUCAUAACAGGAGACAUGGAGUCAGCCAUGGCGGUGGACCUAAAUCCUUGGGUGGAAUACGAAUUUCGAGUGGUUGCCACCAACCCAAUCGGGACUGGAGAUCCCAGCACUCCGUCACGCCUGAUCCGCACCAAUGAAGCAGUCCCAAAGACAGCACCCACCAACGUGAGUGGAAGAAGCGGAAGGAGGCACGAAUUAGUCAUUGCCUGGGAGCCAGUAUCUGAAGAGUUUCAGAAUGGGGAAGGCUUUGGCUAUAUUGUGGCUUUUAGACCCAAUGGAACACGUGGUUGGAAGGAAAAAAUGGUGACAUCCUCUGAAGCUUCCAAAUUCAUUUAUCGAGAUGAAAGUGUCCCUCCUCUUACUCCCUUUGAAGUGAAGGUUGGCGUUUACAACAACAAAGGAGAUGGGCCUUUUAGUCAAAUUGUGGUCAUCUGUUCAGCAGAAGGAGAACCCAGUGCUGCUCCCACGGAUGUCAGGGCUACGAGUGUGUCUAUGUCAGAGAUUCUUGUUGCAUGGAAACAUAUUAAAGAGAGCCUCGGAAGACCACAGGGAUUUGAGAUUGGUUACUGGAAAGACAUGGAACAAGAAGAUGCAGCAGAAACAGUCAAAACUCGGGGGAAUGAGUCAUCUGUCAUCCUGACAGGAUUAGAAGGAAAUACGUUAUAUCAUUUCACAGUGAGGGCUUACAAUGGUGCUGGAUAUGGGCCACCUAGCAGUGAAGUGAGUGCAACCACCAAGAAAUCCCCCCCUAGCCAAGCACCUAGCAACCUCAGAUGGGAGCAGCAAGGCUCUCAGGUUUCCCUAGGUUGGGAACCCGUCAGACCACUGGCCAAUGAAUCUGAAGUCAUGGGUUACAAGGUUUUUUAUAGGCAAGAGGGUCAUGGCAACAGUCAAAUUAUUGAAACACAGAAACCUCAAGCAAUAGUACCACUCCCUGAUCCUGGAGUCUACAUUAUUGAAGUUCGAGCAUACAGUGAAGGUGGGGAUGGGACAGCCAGUUCCCAAAUCAGGGUACCAUCAUAUUCAGGUGGGAAAAUCACAAGUGCUCAGUCAACGCUCCACACUCUCUCUACAUCUUCAUCCUCACUAACUUUGCUCUUGGCAUUGGUGAUUCCUUCAACCUCCUGGUGAACACUGCUGAUGUCAUUGCUUGUCUUUGCUAUAGUUGAAUAACAGCAGUGACUAGCAUAUCAAUCUACGUGAUGACCCAGGAUCCUGGAUGAGCUUUAAGACCUUGGAACUACACACGGUGCACUUACAGGAAGUUAGGGGGAAUAUUACUUAUCAUCAGGUUUCUCUUUGGUUUUUGUAAAUGGAGAGGACAGUUCUUGGUCCAAUAAAAAAUAUGCAGAUUGUAUGUAAUGAAUUUUUGUAAGCAAAGGUAAUUUCUGUCAAAUGUAUUCUUUACUUUUUUUAAUAUGUUGGAAUUUGAUUUUCUAUCUGAUGACUCUGAGUGUGUGCCAUCCAUUUGUUAAGCAAGUGGUCUCUAGCAGGUCUGUUUCAUAAACAAAUACAAAACUGAGAAUGAAAAUUUUGCCUAACACCAAGUCCAGUGUUUUUCAUUUUCCCUCCGGUUGACUAUUCCAAUUGCCAAACCAGCAGGAGAUAUGAAAAAUACUUAAGUUUUGUGGUCCAUUAUAGGAUAAGUACAUAAAAAUUUUCUAAAAAAAUAAAUAGUGUAUGAUUGCAUAGUGAAAUAGCGAGAUUUGUCAAUAUGCUAUUCUACAUGCACCCCUUAGAGCAAGUUAUUAGGGUAGGGAAUAAGCCAUUUACAUUAGUACAAGGCAAAUAGAAAGUGAGUCCAAAUGAACAGAAGUGCUAUUGUUUGUCAUCAAGUACUAUGUUAUCUAGCAGCAAAUAUGGUAAACGUUUAUUUUUAAUAACAAAAGAUUUUAAAGUUACCCAAAAAAUGAUUCACUAAAAUCUGCUGACUCUGACAUGAUGCCACAGGUGCUAACUUCAAAAUGAAAUGAAUAUGGUACAUAGAUUUUUCUAUUUCUCCACCUACUGCCAAAACAGAUGUUGAAGUAGGUCCAAGAGUUUCUUCUAAUUGCAAAUAACUUUAAGAACAGUGAAAAUUUGUUAUGCAAAUGAUUAUGCAUAGUCAGUGGAUUAAAAUGGUUUGAGCAUAACAAAUGCAUUUUGAUUUUUUAUAAAGUUCAUGCAUCACUUACCACUUGUAAAAUCUUACCAACUAGUUAAAUAAAGAGAAUCUCUCGGAUAAAUUGAUUUUUCUUUUAAAUUGAGCUGUGGAAACAUGGCAUCAGUAUGAAGGCUCAGCUAGCUAGUCUAGCCUGCCAUGCACUGCUUGAUUUUGUGGCUGGGGAGAUGUGGUUUCUAUCUGCACUCUGAGGAAUCAUCCUGAGCCUGUGUGAUCCUAGAUAGUUUAUGGAAAGCAGAGUGAACAGUUUCUACUUGAUAUUUUACAGAAAUUCCAGCAAACAUAGGAAUGUGCCAGAAUUAGCAUUACACCCAUGAAGAUGCCUGAAAGAACAGUUAUUGCAAAGUCAUUUGCGAGAACAGACCUGAAGAAAUGUAUUUAACAGGUGAUGUUAAUAUGAGAACUAAGAGUAGUUUUCUUUUCUAUAAUCUAAACCUGUUAAUUGUAUCUGUAUCUGUAAAUGACAGGCAAAAUGAUGCAAUGAUGAGCUCAAAUUGCUGGCUCUAAAGGUCAAUCCUUCUAGAAUCAGAGGACGCUGAGACUGGACUUUCUGUACUGAACGUCCUAAAAGAUUAGAUUCAGAGCCACAGUAUAACCAUAUAUGUCAGCUAAUGAUUCUCUUUGGGGGAAUUAUGUCUAAAACACCCUUAAACAAAUAAGAAGUGAUUUUGAAAACUAUCUUAGUCAAUGGAUCAUUGUCCACUAAAGAUAGUGGACAAUUAAGCCUGUGGAUAAAAAUAACCAAGUGACCUUCUUUGAAAGCCUCCUUUGGAGUAGGAGAAGCUGGACUUUGCAAAUAAAGGGAUUCUGUUUGGCCAGCAAAACAGGAGCUCUCCCAAGUAUGGUGUAACUUUCAAAAACAAAUUGUGCAUCUGAAAAAAUGCCAAAAGGACAUUAAUAAAAUUGUGAAUUAUUUUUAUAUAUUGAUAAGUUAAACCAUUUUCAUUUUCCCUGUCAUAUUAUAUUUAGUGAAAAACUUUAAGAAUCAAGUUACUACUAGCAAACUCUUCCAAAAAUUAAAGCCCAGUAAAAUAUAAUUUCAAUAUAUGGUAAAUUCAAAUUAACCAAUACUUCCAACUAGCUGAUGGAUGGUACAUAUCUGAUAUAUUAUUUACAUAGAGAAUGUCUGAUGUCAUAUUCUUAUGGGAAUCAGAGAUAUGUGAUGUUUUUACUCAACAUGCACAAAAUAUGUAUUUUGCAUCAUAAACCUACUUAAGAAAAACAAGUUUUCAAUGUUUAUGUACUUAUGUAUUACGUAUUUGUUACUUUGUAGAAAUCAAAACAGCAUUCUUUAUCAAGGGACAUUAUUUUUCAGCUGCAGUACUAACUGAGGUUUGGUUUUUUUUUUUUCUUGAAUGGGAUAGUAACCACACAGUCUUAUGUCACUAAAGAGACUGUAUUUUUGUAAGAUGUCAAUUGAACUAUGAAAACAGCACUCCUCCUAAUUAGAAAUUUCAUGAGAGCAAAUGUUUUGCAUACUCAAAUGAAGGUACUGUGGACCCCAUGUCAAACUGUUCAAUAUAUUGUAUACAAUAUGUAUAUAUACUAUAUAUAAGGUAUAUACCAUGUGGA